CUCCCAUUGGUGAAUCGCCCGGGAAGUAUGGGAAAUAUCCAACAUGGCUGCGCCCAUCGUAAAAUUUGCGUAAUCGUAAGUUUUUAUCAAGAAACUACCAUUUUCUCAUCACUUGGACCUCAGAUUUAGCACUGUUUAUCGAUAUUUGAUCCAAGGCUGUACGGAAUACGUCUAGGAAAAAGAUACGGUUGAAAUUCGUCGGCGUUUUGGAGAUAUUUUGGGUUUUUGAUGGCGUCAGGCGACGCUCACGUAACACCUAGGACUGGUCGACUGAAGUUGUUCCGACAUGUGAAGGGGGAACAUCUGUUCGCUGGGGUGAGCGGAGGGGUCAUCUCAACACUCGUGCUGCAUCCGCUGGACCUCAUCAAGCUCAGAUUCGCAGUAAGUGAUGGCCUUGCGAGCAGACCCACCUACCAGGGGAUCCUGGACUGUGUGCUGGCCAUCUACAGGGCACGGGGAUUCCCGGGGCUGUACGCAGGGGUAACACCCAACAUAGCGGGGGCUGGAGCUUCAUGGGGACUCUACUUCUUAUUCUACAACGCCACCAAGCAGCAUUGGCUGGAAUGGCAGGGCAUGCAGCCAAAUGGUAACCUGGGACCAGGCAAACACAUGGUGGCAGCAGCUAAUGCAGGAGUGAUCACCUUGGCCAUCACUAACCCCAUCUGGGUGGUGAAGACUCGGCUGUGUCUGCAGUAUGAGAACGAGAUGAGGAACGUGGCCGUCAGCAGGCGCUACAGGGGGAUGUCUGAUGCACUGGCCAAGAUAUGGAGACAUGAGGGCAUGAGGGGGAUGUACAAGGGCUUCGUUCCAGGGCUGCUUGGUGUGUCCCAUGGUGCAUUACAGUUCAUGUCAUAUGAGGAGUUGAAAACACAGUACAACUUGUACCGAGGCACACCCAGGGAUAAACACUUGAACCCCUUGGAGUACCUUACAAUGGCAGCACUGUCAAAGUUGUUUGCUGUUUCUACAACUUACCCGUACCAGGUUGUCAGGGCAAGAUUACAGGACCAACACAACAAGUAUGAUGGAGUUAUUGAUGUAGUUAGGAAAACAUGGAGAGGAGAGGGUAUGGGAGGGUUCUACAAGGGAAUCGUCCCCAACCUGAUCCGUGUCACCCCUGCCUGCUGUAUCACGUCUGUUGUCUACGAGAACUUCAUCAACUUCUUCAUGAAACCCAAGGACAGCAGCUGAUAAUGGUGACUUACACAUGUACUUUCACCAUUAAGUUCUGAAAUGGCACCUUUUAUUUAGAUGUUGAACUUGAAGUUACAUAUUAACACGUAUGAUAUAACAAAACGUAUUGCCAUUAUGUCCUGAUAUUUUGAAUUUUGGACAUCAAAAGACUCCACUAUAUUAUACAAUGUACAUGUAACUGAAAGCUUAUACACAUAGUUGUGGAGUGUCAUUACAUUAUACAUUAUUCCAGUAUUAAACCAUUGUACAUUGUACAAGUAUAUGUGCAUAUGUACAGGCAUGAUGUAAAGAAAAACAGAACUGUAACUGUUGUAAUUAACAUGAUACUAAAGUAGUAAAGAAGUACUGCAACAAAACAAAGUUUCAAUUGACAUAUAGAGAUAAUAGUACAAUGCUAAACUUUUCUUCCAACGCACAGACCUUUGUGUUGAAAGAAAUUUUAGCAUUGUACUAUGACUACUUCCAACACAGAUGAGUUUCCAUCGUAAUAUUGUAGAGAUAAUGUAUACUUAUGAAAGAAAGUGAAAGUGAAAGUACUACUUAGAUGUCUUUGAAUGGUGUAGGUCGUAUGUGGCAAUAGGUGGGGCGAUGAUCUCUAUAGUUUGUUUGCUGCAAGCUCUUUUGUACAUGUGUAUACAGAGAGGGAAAUGCAAUACACUAGUUAUUUGCUAUUAUAGUACAAAAUCAUGCAUCUUAGCAAAUCUGAGGAAGGACAAUGUUGGAGCAGUAUUUUAUGUACAGACAUUUAGUUGCAAUUUUGGGGUCAAAUCAAGUUGUAUAUUGGUGCUUAGGUUCCUUAUUCAACUGGAUCAUAGAAAAGGAGAUGCUGGUAUUGCAACAAUUUCUGGUAAUGUUAAGAACAUUGGUGUUAUACAUGUACAUGUAUGUACAUUUGUACUACUAGGUACAAUGUAUAAACUAGAAGUAACACAAAGUAAGACAGAAAGGGGAGAUAGAAGAUUUCAGACAUGACAUUUUUUUAUUAAAAGUUUCAACUAUUAAAGAAAGUCUAUCCAGGAGUUUUCUAAUAGAUAAGUAUGUUUCUGUGUUUUGAAAAUUGUCCAUGCAAUAUUUUAAAGCUGCAUUAAAACCAGUGCUUGUAAAA